AGUCCCUCCACAGAAGAACCGAAGAAAGGAGAUCGCAGGAACGAAGCCGAGGUGAGAUCAGGCAAGCUGUUUCGACGCACGCUUCUUCGGCUUAGCGCAGCGAGAAGGACGGCCGCAAUGUCGGCACCGGGGAAACCGUGGCAGAACCACGCUGCGCUGUCUCGGCCCUUGUACGCCUAUGAUCUCGGCCCGAGCCUCGCGAAGAGCCUCGUGCCGAGGAGCUAUGACGCCAUCAUCGAUACGGCAAAGGCCAGCGCGGUGCCUGUAUCUGAGGCGUCGCAAUCACAAGCACAGCCAACAGAGACAAAUGGCAGCACAGGUGGCUGCACAUUGUGCCCUGGAUGUCCUUCGCUGCCGAGCCCUGCGCAUCUCCGUGCCCAUCUAAGGUCGGAUUGGCACCGGGAUAACCUCGCGCUUGCUCGGAGAGGCGGUGGCAAGCUCGUCGAUGAAGAGCACUUUGCAAGCCAGAUCGAAGAGCUCGACUCAGAGGAGACGGCAUCAAGUUCGGAGGACGACGAUGGACGAGCGAGACCGCCAGUCGAUGUCGUCCGACAGCUUCUGGCCAAGCUCAAGGUGUCAGGAUCAAGCGAGUCUGUAGAUCUGUCGUCUGACGAAGAAGGAGAUGGUCUGCUCGACUACCGAUCAGCACGGGCGGCAUUGACGGCCAAGGAGCCUUUUCUCUGGUUUGUCACCAAGCCAGAUUCGCCAAGCUUCAUCGAGCAGACGCAGCUGGGCAUCCUGAGGACCCUCUUCGCCGACGCUGAGGACUCGCAUGGCGGGCAAGGCUGGCAGGUGAGGGCACUUCAGAAGAUGCAGGCUGCGCGUCUGCCUGCCUUGCCCAGCUGGGUUGGGGGUCAGGCGAGAAAAAGUGGCAGCGCGACGGUCAAGAGACUAAAGGGAGACAGUGGCGUCGAUGAGGCAGCGAGCCUCCUUGGGGCAGCUUUUUUGGACGCAAAGGGUGUUCUUGGGGGCGGCGAAGAGUCUAGUGGGAGCGAGGAGAGCGAAGGCGAAGGCGAAAGCGAAGAAGUUGCCUCCUCUACCUCGACGACACUUCCACCUCUCAAGAAGUGGACCAUCAUCCUGAUGGGCGGCGGCCACUUUUCCGCCUCGAUCAUCGCUCUGAACCCGUACGAAUCUGUUACGUCGAAGAAAAAGGCGACGACUGAGCGUCAGAUGCUCGUCCUGGCCCACAAGGCGUCCCACCGCUACACGACGCGAAGGAAGCAGGGUGGUGCACAGUCUUCGCAGGACGCCUCGGGCAGGUUUGCAAAGAGCGCAGGCGCCCAGCUUCGUCGAUACGGAGAGCAGGCCUUGGGAGAAGAGGUUCGGGCGCUCCUUGCGACGUCGAGGUGGAGAAAGGGGAUCGAGGAAAGCGAGAGGGUGUGGAUCAGAGCAGGCGGACGGAGCGCAAGGGGCGUUCUUUGGGGCUGGCCUGGUGCGCAGACUUCCCCGCUCGAAGGUCCCAGGCAGGAUGGAAGGUUGCAGUCAUUGCCGAUUGCUACGACGCGCAAGCCGACCGUCGGCGAGACGCUGAGAUGCUUUGCUGAACUGACGAGGGUCAAGGUCCGCCAUGAGACGGAAGAGGAGAUGCAGCGGCGCGACGCUGAAUACAAGGCACAGCUCGAGGGUAGCGCAAGGGAGAGACAGGAGCGCAAGGAAAAAGCAAGGCGAGAGCUGCAGGCCAAACAAGCGCAGAUCAAGGAGGCAAAGCCGAAGGUACCCGUGUUGGACGAAGAGGAGAAAAGAGCAAGGGAGCGAUUCGCAAGGCUGGUGGAAAUGAUCAAGAAGGGGCGACUGGAGGCGAUGGUUUCACAUCUGCAGAAGCACGAGCCAGAACUUCUGAGUGGCCGCGAGGCAGGAGGAGAACCCGACGACGCAGACGAAGCUUCUGUACUCGCACGCAAGCGCAUCAACGGUGCCCUGCCGACGUGGUGGCGAGUCGAGGAUGCCCGUUCCAAGUCUGUCCUCCUCCCUCCAUCGGACAAGCCAGUGGACCUGUCGACAGUCCCUACUGCCUCAAGCCAGCUCGUUCCCAGUACGAUACUGCACCUCGCUGCAGAGUCAGGCCACGAAGCUAUCGUAUCGUACCUGUUGCAAGAUCGUCGGGCCGAUCCGACACUCGCUAUUGCUCCCCCUCCUCGGUCUGAUGCCUCUCAAGAUGCGCUCGACGAGGGAGAGACCAGUGGAGCAUUCCCUCGACGAACGGCAUACGACGUCUGCAGCUCCAAAGCAGCCCGCGACGUAUUCCGAAGGAUGAGCGCCACGCAUCCGGACCUUUGCGACUGGAAGGAGGGCGCGCGCGUGCCGAGCGCCUUGACUGACGAGAUGGUGGCUUCUAACGAGAAGAAGAGCGCUCUUAAAGAACGUGCGAGAAUGCGCGAGGCCGAGGAACAGCGCAAGGAAGCAGAGGCACACGAAAAGGAGCAAGAGGCGAAUAUCAAGGAGCAAGAGGCGCGCAAGAGGCAGUUGCAGGCUUCACUGCCUAGCAGUGCCGUCAAAAAUCGAUUGGGAGGGAGCAGCGCCGCGCCAGCGUCAUUGAUCAAGAAGAGGGAUGACGCAGCUGGAUUGACGCCAGAAAUGAAGGCCCGCAUCGAACGCGAAAAGCGGGCUAGGGCAGCAGAGGCUCGCAUGAAGGCCCUGCAGGGCGGGAGCAGCAGUCAAUGAAGUAGACAAUUUCAUUUCUAGAGCAAGUAAUAGAAGACGCAUACAACAC